AUGCUUUUUGUCAGGACGAGAGUGGCGUCAGUCUCUGGAGAGCCUCCCACUUCCAUCGACACCGAGGGGCACGCUAGUAUCUCACUUCGAUCUGAGCUUUGUGAAUUCCUUGUCGACGUGCCCGGAUUGAUUCGAGAAGCCACAAGCACGGCAGACCAACUCUUGGACGGAGAUGUUGACCCAGUUGGGCUCAAAAAACGGCACCAGAACGCAAUCAUUCAGAUAUCAUCCGUGAAACACGCCUUCGAGUGGUGGUAUAGCACCAAAAUUGCCCCUCUGCGCUCUAUUUCAGACGCCGUGGGCUCAACCAGGGUUGAAACUACCAGCAAUAGCUCCGUGCGGGAUGACCUUCUUCUUGCUGUCGUUGACUGCGUGUCCAAUUCCAUAAUGAUAAAACUAGACACAUUGCAGGCCCAGUUAAACUCGGACUGGGGUAACCUCAGGGUGGACGUCCUUGGAUGUCAACAGGCACAGGCGAAACGAAGAAAGAUGAUGUACCAAGCUUUACAGUUUGUUCGAGACAAAUCUUUGGUCGCAGCAAAACCUCUCGAAUUUGGGUUGCGACAGCUGUGGCUCGACACUGAAUUCGAACACAGCGAGAAGUACGCAGCUGAGUAA